AUGGCAUCCUUUCUCGAGGUCAUCUUUCCGUGCUGCAUGGGCAGGGGCAGGGCCAGGCGCAGCGGCGACAGCGCUGCGCGAAGAGCCAACGACGAGCGCACCCCAUUGCUCGGAGAUGGUCAAACUCAGCAGACCGACGGUCCGGCUAGCCGCGAGCAGAAGCCCAAAUCGCUCCUCCCGCAGCCAUGCUACGACGCAGAGGCCAUGAGAGGCAUCGUCACCGACGUACAGACCAAACUAAUCUCGCUCGACGCACCGCAUCUCUUCGCCGGCCAAGAGGCGAUGGCCGAUCCCAACGACCCAGCAGCCGCAAGUGGGCAGGCAACAGCACGGCCGCUCACCCUCGUACGGAAUCUCAAGUUGCACAUCGCCCAGGAGGCGGCAUUAGAGGACCGGCUGCAGCGCGAGGGAAAGAACCGAUCACCGCAUCCCAGCACGUCGGCGGGCGGGGCCUCGAGUGCGACCCACGACUUGAUGCGUGGCGGUCUUCGGCGCAAGAAGACGUCGGGCAGCGACUCGCGCUUCCCCUCUGUCCACUCGCUAAAGACGCUCGCUCGAGGCGGAGGCGGCGGUGGUGGCGGCAACGCGGCUUACCAGGCUGGCGGCGAGACUUCGCCCACCGAUACCGAGGCGACGGUGACGGCAGCAGCGGCGAGCCAGCACAACGACGACGGCGACGACUCGGCAUUCCACACGGCCAAGGAGGCGUUGCAGACCAUGGCGGCCAUGAAGGAGGCGACGGCGGCAUCGCGGCCCAAGCUCGUCGAUAUCUGGGGCACGUCGCCGCCAGAGAAGGCCAACAAGGUCGAGACGUACGCCAGCCGGGCGCGAAAGGCGCUCAGGAAAGAGACGCUCCAGCCGCCCAACCCAGCACAGGCCGGCGACACGAAGAGAAAGAUGACGACGACCCAAGCCGCCGAGAUCGAAUCGAGCACCUUUGACAAGCUGGCCGAUACCAUCCGUCGUCAAGGUCCCCUGACCGAGGUGUGGGGCGAGGACCACGAGGACUAG